UUUUAUCAAAGGCUUUUAAGGAUAAAAAUAAUAAAGUAGCAAAUUUGAGAGACGGCGACGCGCCGAACAUCGCGUGCGGAAAUGAUGCUGACGAAGCGCACACGGCAAACGCAACAAAAUGUGCUGGUGAGACAACAAAAAUGCUUGAAGAAAACAAAAUUGAAGACAAAGAGUAUACAACUGAAGACGCGCCCACAACACCAACACCAACAACAACAGCGGCGCACACAGCUAUUGACCUUACGACCAGUGACAUUCGUGAUAUAUUCGAUGGUGAUAUUGAUUACGUUGAAGGUGACACGCAACGUAAAGUAAGCGUCUCCCAUGCGGAGUUUGUCAACAAAGUCGAGGGAGCAGAAGAAUUUAUUUUUAAAGCAGCGACUGAAAUUAAUGAGAUAUCGAUUACAACAGACGCGUCGCGAAGCGCUAAUAUAAUAAGCUUGCGCGUUGAGCGCAACGAAGGAACUGGUGAAGAAGACGCUGCCUAUAAGCGUGUAAAAAGCAAUUUGCGCGUACGCAAAGCGAAUGAGCCGAGAUAUAUGAAAACGCUUAGAAAGCACUUUGGACGCCCAAUUCACGCACCUGUCCAACUAGCGCCAGCGGCAGUACAGUUUCUCGAUGUGAUUAUUGAUGAUGAUAGUCAAAUUGACAGGCCACCAGUAGCAGAACGCGUACAAAGUGCAAUGAAGAAAGAAGUGCGCAACAAUACCGCCAACAUAGGCGCUCAGCAAAUGGGGAAAAACCACGCCAUAAGUAAUGACAAUAAAAUAGACGUUAAUGCGACUAAAAAAUUGCCAGUUAAUGUGAGUCAGUAUAUACGCUAUGCGAGCGCGCAUGAAACUAGGGCGCCACAACACGAAUUUGAUGAGGCAAAUAAUACUCAAAUCAAUCGUCAUAAUGGCGCAAGCGACAACGCGUUGAACGACGAUAGUGAAAGCGAUACCGACAUAGCUGCAACUGAUGAUAACUAUAAUGAGCGUGAUUUGGUUGACAGCUAUGAUGAUGUUGGCCAUGAUGCGCGGACACCAGCCACACCACUGGCCGCAGACACGUCAAGUGUCAUAAAAAUUGAUAAAUCCGAAAUGAAUGAGCAUACACGCACGGAAGUAAGAGGCGACGACUACGACGAAGGAGCGUGGGAGUCGGAGCACGCGGCGACUGAAAGUGAACUGAAAAUUAAGCUAAACGAAAGUCAAAUGCAAAAUGAACGGGCAGCAAUGAUUGAAAAACAUGCAGCAAUUGUUGGUGUUGAUGCUGAAAUAGCAAAAACAACAACAAAACUAAUGAUAACAGCUGAUGAACGACAAACGAUGGAGAUAAAUGAGCGCACGUCAGUGGCAAGGCAAAAAACUGUAACAAGCAAGCAGCAACGGGCAGUAAACGCAAAGAGCGGAGAAUAUAGCAAUGCAGGAGCUUCGAGUUAUGAAAGUAAAAACGUUGAAGCAGUCGACGAUUUGCUGCCAUUAGAAAAUGUUGGAGAUGUUAAAAAUGUUGAAGAUGUUGGCGUAUCAGCGGCUUCUUCUGCAGACGUUGUAACAGUAAGGACAACGUCAGUAACAGACCGCACACAAAUGAGCGUUAAGCAAGCUGCUGAAACAGACACGGCACAAACAACCGAAAAACUGUACUACAAUUACAUAACGGAGCGUGCAACUGAUGAAGUUGAAGUUCUAGCCCACACAACAACAAAGCAAACAGCACAUUUAAGUGGUAAACGAAAAAGUGCGUCAACAGCUGCAGUUGAUGAAAGCAAUGCGGAAGACGAGCUCAUGCUUAAUGACGGUUUAAUGCCGCCACAGAACAACAAACAUACUAGAAACCACACUGCGCCCGCGAACAUAAUGCAGCGCAAUCGAAAUUUCCAUACAAACGCCAAAGCUUACGCCAGUACUAAUGACUACCAACAUUUUAUUGCUGAACCCAUUGCGGACGACAUUGAUAUUAUCAAAUUGGAGGCUACACACUCGACCAAGGAUGAAAUAUAUAAAACCAUAGCCGGUGCGCCGGCAAAGCCGCAACAGCACACAUAUGGCAAACGUAAGGAAAUCGUCACCAGUCGGCCGCCUAAAUAUCCAGCGCAAGCGGAAAACGAAAUACUCAAAGCAGGUACGGAAAACAACGCGGCGAACAGCUACGCUGACAAAUUGCCACCGUUUCCACUCAAAGCACCCGUAGUGAGCGAAGCAUACGAUGCGCCGAGUAAGCACAUACUCGUAAAUGUGACGAUCGCCACCGAAGGUGAUAGCAACUCCGUGUAUACGCUACAUGUGGCCGUACCGAUCGGUGGGAAAACGCACGAUGUGCAAGAGGUGCUAACACAUGAGCGCCUGAAGACGCCAGCGCACAAUGAAGAUGCGUCGCCGACGGCGUAUGCAUAUGAUACCGAGCAAGCGCCGCUGAGUCCUUAUUGCAUACCCGAACCACCACCACCCAUACCGGAAUGUCCUUGCAAGUGCGCGGACUUCUUAACUGCAACCGAAGUGCAUGACGCUGUUGACAACGAGGCACACUUUGUGCCUUUAGCGGAUAUUGUUGAUAACGCCGGCGCUCCUACCGCUACCGCAACGACCACAGCGCCGCAUACUACCGACAAUUUCAUUCAUUCACCAUACACACCACCAAUUGCUGCAAGCACAGCACCUACGUUGACUAAUACCACUGAAGAUUCUCUCAUUUCAACAACUACCACUGCUACAUUUACUAAUUUGCUUGGUGUUGAUGCAGCGCAAGCUGCCAGUAUUGAUGAUCAUGUUGUUGUUGGUGAUGGCAACAAAAUUGCAUGUCCUGAUGUUAUGCCUAUUCUGAUACUUGAAGGUGCGCGUACUUUCCCAGCACGCAGUUUCCCACCAGAUGGCACGACCUUUGGACAAAUCACAUUAGGCCAGAAGCUAACCAAGGAGAUACAACCGUACAGCUAUUGGAAUAUGCAGUUCUAUCAAUCGGAACCGGCUUAUGUGAAGUUUGAUUACACCAUACCGCGCGGCGCAUCGAUAGGUGUCUAUGGGCGUCGCAACGCGUUGCCAACACAUACACAAUAUCACUUUAAGGAGGUGUUGAGCGGCUUUAGUGCCAGCACUAGGACAGCGCGCGCAGCACACUUAUCGAUAACACGCGAGGUAACACGUUACAUGGAGCCCGGCCACUGGUUCGUCUCGCUCUACAACGACGAUGGUGACGCGCAAGAGGUUACUUUCUACGCCGCCAUUGCCGAGGAUAUGACACAGAAUUGCCCGAACGGUUGCUCCGGCAAUGGCCAAUGCCUGCUCGGGCAUUGUCAAUGUAAUCCCGGCUUUGGUGGCGACGACUGUAGCGAGAGCGUCUGCCCAGUGCUAUGCUCGCAACAUGGCGAAUACAUUAACGGCGAAUGUAUUUGCAAUCCCGGUUGGAAGGGUAAAGAGUGCUCGUUGCGUCACGAUGAGUGCGAAGUGGCCGAUUGCAAUGGACAUGGGCAUUGCGUGAGCGGCAAGUGCCAGUGCAUGCGCGGCUAUAAGGGCAAAUUCUGUGAGGAAGUUGACUGUCCGCAUCCGAACUGCUCGGGUCAUGGCUUCUGCGCUGACGGCACUUGCAUCUGUAAGAAGGGCUGGAAGGGCACCGAUUGCGCCACCGUCGACAAGGACGCCUUACAAUGUCUACCGGAUUGCUCGAAUCAUGGCAAUUUCGAUGUGGACACGCAGACCUGCACAUGCGAGCCGAAAUGGAGCGGCGAUGAUUGCUCGAAGGAGCUGUGCGAUUUGGAUUGCGGUCAACAUGGACGCUGUGUCGGCGAUGCCUGCACUUGCGACACGGAAUGGGGUGGCGAAUAUUGCAACACCAAACUUUGCGAUACGCGCUGCAAUGAGCAUGGGCAAUGCAAGAAUGGCACCUGCCUGUGCGUGACCGGUUGGAAUGGCAAGCACUGCACUAUCGAGGGCUGUCCGAAUGGCUGUUCGGCGCAUGGACAGUGUCGCGUGAGCGGCGAGGGUCAGUGGGAGUGUCGCUGCUACGAGGGCUGGGAUGGUCCCGACUGCGGCAUUGCGCUUGAAUUGAAUUGUGGCGACAGCAAGGACAACGACAAGGACGGUCUGGUCGACUGUGAGGAUCCCGAGUGCUGUGCCAGUCAUGUGUGCAAGACAUCGCAGCUGUGCGUAUCCGCACCCAAGCCGAUUGAUGUCUUGCUGCGCAAGCAACCGCCGGCCAUUACCGCAUCCUUCUUCGAGCGCAUGAAAUUCCUCAUUGACGAGAGCAGCCUGCAGAACUAUGCGAAACUCGAGACAUUCAAUGAAAGCCGUUCGGCCGUUAUACGCGGUCGCGUUGUCACCUCGCUCGGCAUGGGGUUGGUGGGUGUGCGCGUCUCCACCACAACACUGCUCGAAGGCUUCACGCUCACACGCGAUGACGGCUGGUUCGAUUUGAUGGUGAAUGGCGGCGGCGCAGUUACGCUGCAAUUCGGCCGCUCACCAUUCCGGCCGCAGUCACGCAUCGUACAAAUACCCUGGAACGAAGUGAUCAUCAUCGAUGUGGUGGUUAUGUCCAUGUCGGAGGAGAAGAAUUUGAUACCCAUACCGCAUACGUGUUUCUCACACGACUACGAUCUUAUGAAACCGGUUGUGUUGGCUUCGUGGAAGCAUGGUUUCCAAGGCGCUUGUCCCGAUCGUUCCGCCAUUUUGGCCGAAUCGCAAGUUAUACAGGAAUCACUACAAAUACCCGGCACCGGCUUGAAUUUGGUAUACCACUCUUCACGCGCCGCCGGCUACCUGUCGACCAUAAAGCUGCAGCUAACACCGGAAAUUAUACCAGAUACACUGCACCUGAUACAUCUGCGCAUAACUAUCGAGGGUAUACUGUUCGAGCGUGUUUUCGAAGCUGAUCCGGGCAUUAAAUUCACCUACGCCUGGAAUCGCUUGAAUAUCUAUCGUCAACGCGUCUACGGUGUGACCACAGCGAUUGUUAAGGUUGGCUAUCAGUACAGCGAUUGCAAAGACAUCAUUUGGGAUAUACAAACCACCAAGUUGUCCGGCCAUGACAUGUCCAUCUCCGAGGUCGGUGGUUGGAAUCUUGAUAUACACCAUCGUUACAACUUCCAUGAGGGCAUACUGCAGAAGGGCGACGGCUCUAAUAUCUACUUGAAGAAUAAGCCACGUGUCAUACUCACUACGAUGGGUGAUGGCCAUCAACGUCCGCUCGAAUGCAACGAUUGCGAGGGCUUAGCAUACAAGCAACGUUUACUGGCGCCUGUUGCUUUGGCCGCUUCACCUGAUGGCAGCUUGUAUGUCGGCGAUUUCAACUACAUACGCCGCAUUAUGACCGAUGGCACCAUACGCACAGUGGUCAAGUUAAAUGCCACACGCGUCUCCUACCGCUACCACAUGGCGCUAAGUCCUCUGGACGGCACACUUUACAUAUCCGAUCCGGAGUCACAUCAAAUCAUACGCGUACGCGACACUAAUGAUUACACACAACCUGAAAAGAAUUGGGAACCCAUUGUCGGCUCCGGUGAGCGUUGUCUGCCAGGCGACGAGGCGCAUUGUGGUGACGGUGCUUUGGCGAAAGAUGCGAAGCUGGCCUAUCCCAAGGGCAUCGCCAUUUCCAGCGACAAUAUAUUAUAUUUCGCAGAUGGCACAAAUAUCCGUAUGGUUGACCGCGAUGGCAUUGUCACAACGCUGAUUGGCAAUCACAUGCAUAAGUCACACUGGAAGCCCAUACCAUGCGAGGGCACAUUAAAGCUGGAAGAGAUGCAUUUGCGUUGGCCCACCGAAUUGGCUGUUAGCCCCUUGGACAAUACACUGCACAUCAUCGAUGAUCAUAUGAUUUUGCGCAUGACACCCGAUGGACGUGUGCGUGUCAUUUCCGGACGUCCACUGCAUUGUGCCACCACUUCAACCGUUUAUGAUUCCGAUUUGGCUACACAUGCCACACUCGUGAUGCCACAAUCGAUCUCGUUUGGUCCCAUGGGUGAGUUGUACGUGGCGGAGAGCGACUCGCAACGCAUCAACCGCGUGCGCGUCAUUGGCACAGAUGGCCGUAUAGCACCUUUUGCUGGCGCAGAGUCGAAAUGUAAUUGCUUGGAACGUGGCUGCGACUGUUUUGAGGCAGAGCACUUCCUCGCGACCAGUGCCAAGUUUAACACUAUAGCGGCGCUUUCUGUUACACCCGAUGGUCAUGUGCAUAUUGCUGAUCAGGCCAAUUACCGCAUACGUUCGGUUAUGUCCAGCAUACCGGAAGCCAGUGCGUCACGCGAAUAUGAAAUAUAUGCGCCAGAUAUGCAAGAAAUUUAUAUCUUUAACCGUUUCGGUCAGCACGUCUCUACCAAGAAUAUUCUAACUGGCGAAACCACAUAUGUCUUCACUUAUAAUGUCAAUACUUCCAAUGGCAAACUGAGUACCGUGACUGAUGCGGCAGGUAAUAAGGUCUUCCUACUGCGUGACUACACUUCACAGGUGAACUCUAUUGAAAAUACGAAGGGUCAGAAAUGUCGUCUACGCAUGACACGCAUGAAGAUGUUGCACGAACUGAGCACACCGGACAACUACAAUGUGACUUUUGAAUAUCACGGUCCAACCGGCUUGCUAAAGACCAAACUAGAUUCAACAGGCCGCUCUUAUGUCUACAAUUACGAUGAGUUUGGACGCCUCACUUCAGCUGUUACGCCCACUGGUCGUGUCAUUGAUUUGGUAUUCGAUUUGAGCGUUAAAGGUGCACAAGUUAAGAUAUCGGAGAAUGCACAGAAGGAACAGUCGAUGCUGAUACAGGGCUCAACAGUCAUGGUGCGCAACGGUGCCGCCGAAUCGAAGACAUCUGUUGAAAUGGACGGUUCAAUGACAAGUUUAACGCCAUGGGGUCACACCGUACAAAUGGAGGUGGUACCGUACGCAAUUUUAGCUGAAAUCAAUCCUGUGAUUGGUGAAAGCUAUCCCGUGCCUGCAAAGCAGCGUACCGAAAUCGCUGGUGAUCUGGCUAAUCGCUUUGAGUGGCGUUACUUCGUGCGUCGCAUGCAGCAGGGUAAGCAAGGCAAAGGACCACGUCCAGUCUCACAAGUUGGACGCAAGCUGCGUGUGAAUGGCGAUAAUGUGCUUACACUCGAAUAUGAUCGCGACGCGCAAUCCGUUGUUGUGCUCGUCGAUGAUAAACAAGAAUUAUUGAAUGUUACUUAUGACCGCACAGCACGUCCAGUUAGUUUCCGCCCACAAUCAGGCGACUAUGCCGAUGUCGACUUGGAAUACGAUCGUUUUGGUCGUUUAGUGAGCUGGAAGUGGGGUGUGCUGCAAGAAGCGUAUACCUUUGAUCGCAACGGACGCUUAAACGAAAUCAAAUAUGGCGAUGGCUCAUCAAUGGUUUAUGCCUUCAAAGACAUGUUCGGCUCACUGCCCCUGAAAGUGACCACACCACGUCGUUCUGACUACCUCUUGCAGUACGACGAUGCUGGCGCGCUACAAAGUUUGACAACGCCACGCGGUCAUAUACACUCAUUCUCACUGCAAACCUCACUCGGCUUCUUCAAGUACCAAUACUUCUCACCGAUCAACCGCCAUCCUUUCGAAAUACUAUACAACGACGAAGGGCAGAUACUCGCGAAGAUACAUCCACACCAAUCCGGUAAGGUGGCGUUUGUACAUGAUUCCGCUGGCCGUCUGGAGACAAUUCUGGCUGGGCUAUCAAGCACGCACUACACUUAUCAGGACACCACGAGCCUCAUCAAAUCAGUUGAAGUCCAAGAACCUGGCUUUGAGUUACGCCGCGAGUUCAAGUAUCACGCUGGUAUUCUCAAAGACGAAAAGGUACGCUUCGGCUCAAAGAACUCAUUAGCUUCCGCACACUAUAAGUACUUCUAUGAUGGCAAUGCACGUUUGAGCAGCAUUGAGAUGUCCAUUGAUGACAAGGAAGUGCCCACAGCACGUUACAAAUAUAGUCAAAACUUGGGACAGUUGGAAGUCGUGCAGGAUCUAAAGAUUACUCGCAAUGCUUUCAAUCGUACCGUUAUUCAAGACUCUGCUAAGCAAUUCUUCACGAUCAUCGAUUACGAUCAGCAUGGUCGCGUAAAAAGUGUGCUUAUGAAUAUCAAGAGCUUCGACGUCUUUCGCCUUGAGUUGGACUAUGAUCUGCGAAAUCGCAUAAAAUCACAGAAAACAACGUUGGGACGUUCAACAUCAUUCGACAAGAUCAAUUACAAUGCUGAUGGACAUGUGACCGAAGUGCUCGGCACAAACAAUUGGAAGUACUUGUACGAUGAGAAUGGCAACACUGUCGGCAUUGUGGAUCAAGGCGAGAAAAUUAAUCUCAGUUAUGAUAUUGGCGAUCGCGUCAUACAAGUUGGUGAGAUCGAGUUCAACAGUUAUGAUGCGCGUGGUUUUGUGGUGCGACGUGGUGAACAGAAGUAUCGUUAUAACAAUCGCGGUCAGCUGAUACAUGCCUUCGAAAGAGAGCGCUUCCAAUCGUGGUACUACUAUGAUGACCGCAGCCGUUUAAUAGCUUGGCACGACAGCAAGGGUAAUGUAACGCAGUACUACUAUGCCAACCCGAAGACACCGAAAUUGCUAACACACGUACACUUCCCGAAAGUGGGCAAAACAUUGCGUUUCUUCUACGACGAUCGUGAUAUGCUAAUGGUAGUAGAAAACGGUGAUCAGCGUUACUAUGUGGCCACCGAUCAGAAUGGUUCUCCGCUAGCCUGCUUCGAUCCGAACGGCAUCAUAAUCAAAGAUGUAAGACGCACGCCAUUCGGCCGCAUUAUCAAAGAUACUAAUCCAGACUUCUUCAUACCGAUCGACUUCCAUGGUGGACUGCUAGAUCCCAACACGAAGUUAAUCUACACCGAAGGACGCCACUACGAUCCUACCGUUGGUCAAUGGAUGACACCCAAAUGGGAGACAUUGGCCACCGAAAUGUCCAAUCCAACUGACGUCUUCAUCUACCGCUACCACAACAACGAUCCCGUCAAUCCUAACAAACCGCAAAACUAUAUGAUCGACUUGGAGUCUUGGCUGCAACUUUUCGGCUACGAUUUGCGUAGCAUGCAGAGCUCAAAGUACACCAAAGACGCGCAAUAUGUGCCACAAAUAUCGAUAAAAUCAAAUACACUGGCACCUGAAUUCGGUGUGAUUUCCGGUUUGGAAUGUAUUGUCGAGAAGACCAACGAGAAAUUCAGCGAUUUCGACUUCGKGCCGAAGCCACUACUGAAGAUGGAACCAAAGAUGCGCAAUCUCCUACCACGUAUUAGCUACCGACGUGGCGUCUUCGGCGAGGGUGUGCUGCUUUCACGCAUUGGCGGACGCGCUUUGGUCAGCGUCGUAGAUGGCUCGAAUAGCGUGGUACAGGAUGUGGUCUCAUCGGUCUUCAACAAUUCCUACUUCCUCGAUCUGCACUUCAGCAUACACGAUCAAGAUGUAUUCUACUUUGUCAAAGACAAUGUGCUCAAGCUGCGCGACGACAACGAAGAACUGCGCCGACUCGGCGGCAUGUUCAACAUAUCAACACACGAAGUGACCGAUCAUGGCGGCACCGCUGCAAAGGAAUUGCGGCUGCACGGCCCUGAUGCUGUGGUGAUAAUUAAAUAUGGUGUUGAUCCCGAACAAGAGCGACAUCGCAUACUAAAACAUGCGCACAAGCGUGCCGUCGAACGCGCAUGGGAGCUCGAGAAGCAGCUCGUGGCUGCCGGCUUCCAGGGACGCGGCGACUGGACUGAAGAGGAGAAAGAAGAGCUUGUGUCGCACGGCGAUGUAGAUGGCUGGAUUGGCAUCGACAUUCACAGCAUACACAAAUAUCCACAGCUGGCCGACGAUCCAGGCAAUGUAGCAUUCCAGCGUGACGCCAAACGCAAACGAAGAAAGAUCGGCAGCGCACACCGCGCAGCGAAAUCGCGCCGACAGCAAUUAAGAGUCAUGGAUUUGAGUGCGUGAGUAGGCGAAACAAGCGAAGAAGCAUACAAAAGUAGACGUGUAGCAGCAACUGUGACAAAAGUGAAUGAGGAGAAACUCGAAAAUGGUGGGCGUGGUAAGGAUAAGCGAAGUUAUGGUGUUGCCUAUGCUAGGCACGAAAGCUGGCAAGCAGAUAUAAAUGCAAAUGAACUGAACACCAUUGAGACAACACUUUAUUUAGACAACAAUAACAGCAAUAGCAGCGGUGAUGAUGGUGAUGACGAUGACGACGACAACGACAACGACAACAACAACAGCGACGACGACGAUGAGGAUGACGAUGUGCCGCCGCAAGAUGUACGCGAACUCAUUGUUGCCAACGAAGCUAACCACAGCGGCAAUGAGGAGUACUACCAAGACGAAUACUCUUAUAAUAACAACUACUACGAUCAGCACUACUAUCGCAGCAAAGGCACAGAUACAGACGACAUAUAUUAAACAACCAAUACUACUACAUACAAAACAUAUAUGAAAAACAAAAACUGAAAAGCAAAAUAAAUUUAAAGAAUUUAGUGGGUAUUAAAUUAUAAUAUGUGUGAGUACGUACAACUAACUACAAUACUAUGAGUAGGUAUGUGUGAAGUAAAGAAAUCAUAAAAAACAGUAAUUUUCAGAAUCAAUAUUUGCAUGUAAAAAUGGCAAAUUUGUAAAAAGUAAAUGAAAAAAAAUUAUGGAGUUAAGGUUUAGCAGUUGAAAAGACGCCAAGCAAAUUAUUUAGUAAGAAAAUAAUAAAAGUAUUUAGCACACACAGCGCUAAGUGGCGUAGGUAGACGGAUUGCGUGCGAAAAAGUAAAGAGAAAUUUUCAAAAACUAGCACAAAAAUUAGAAAAGCAUGUGAAAGCAAAAUUACAAGCAUGAUUGUACUAAGCAAAUUAGAAAUCAGCAAGCAG